AGGUCACCACUCACUCACAUACCAUCAUGUUCGCUCGCCUUUCUGUUCUGGCGACGACCCUUUUCGCCGUGGUCGUGGCCGCAUCCAACGUUGUGGAACUCAACCCCGAUAACUUUGACGACUUCGUCGGGAAGGGGAAGCCUGCACUCGUUGAAUUUUUUGCUCCCUGGUGUGGUCACUGCAAGAACCUUGCACCAGUAUAUGAGGAGUUAGCAAAUGCUUAUGCACAUGCGAAGGACAAAGUAGUUAUCGCUAAGGUGGAUGCAGAUGGUGUCGGCAAGCCUCUGGGCAAGCAAUACGGCGUCACUGGCUAUCCUACUCUCAAAUGGUUCAACGCCGAUGGUGGCGAGCCAGAUAAAUACGAGGGUGCCCGUGAUUUGGAAGCUCUCGCUACAUUCGUUACUCAAAAGUCUGGUGUCAAGGCGAAAAUAAAGGGCCCACCUCCAGGUGUUACUCUCAUCUUGGAUGCUCACACUUUUGAUGACGUGGUUAUGGACAAUACGAAGGAUGUCUUGGUUGCAUUCACUGCUCCUUGGUGUGGUCACUGCAAGCGUAUGAAGCCUAUAUAUGAGGACGUUGCAAAGACUUUCCUUCCUGAAACUAAUUGUGUGGUGGCAAAUGUGGACGCCGACGCAAAGGUCAAUGCUCCGCUUGCACAAAAAUACGAGAUCGGCUCCUUCCCGACCUUGAAGUUCUUCUCGAAAGACAACAAGGAACCAGAAGACUAUGAAGGUGAACGAACUGAAAAGGCCUUCGUCGAUUUCCUUAACGAGAAGUGCGGUACCCACCGCGCUGUUGGUGGUGGACUCAAUGAUGAGGCCGGCCGUAUCCCCGAAUUUGAUGCCCUUGCUGCCAAAUUCUUCGCUGCUGUAUCAGACGUAAGGAGCUCCAUCCUAGAUGAGGCAACUGCCUUGGCGAAAGGCGCUGGAGCUGCCGCUCAGCAUUAUUUGAAGGUCAUGAGCAAAGUGGUGAACGGUUCCGAAGAGUAUCUCCAGAAGGAAUCUGCUCGAUUGGCAUCUAUACUCGCCAAGCGAACCUUGAACGAAAAGAAGCUCGACGAGAUCAAGAUCAAGGCUAACAUUCUCAAGUCCUUUGCAGCUGAAAAGGCAGAAGAGGUAAAGGACGAGGCAGAAGAGGUGAAAGAAUCUGCCGAAAAGGUAGCUAGAGAGGAGUUGUAGAGAGUACAUUUGCACUUUACUGUAUUGUACACACUUCACCUACUCACUCGCCUUUACACAAUUUAGCUUUCUCUUUAUAUAUUCUGCAAUGCAAGGCUGAUUAAGAC